CUUCUAGAGUGCUUCCACGUCUAUCCAUCAUGGAUUCCAAUCAACCCAAGCUUGCUAAGGUCGAGAAGGUUAUCGGACGUACCGGCUCUCGUGGUGGCGUCACUCAGGUGCGCGUUCAGUUCAUGGUCGAGACUGCCCCCGAGCUCGCUGGCCGUUCCCUUGUCCGUAACGUCAAGGGCCCCGUCCGUCAGGGUGAUAUCCUUUCUUUGCUCGAAACAGAGCGUGAGGCCCGCAGACUUCGAUAAGUUUCGGUCACAACCAUUGAGAAUAGGCUGCUACUACUGCCUCCACUGGAUGGGUACGGAAGAUUGAUCACUCUCGGUUGAACGAGAA